AUGCCUUCAUCAAUAUCUGUCAAACUAGUGGCCGCAGAGUCACUGUAUAAGAGGGAUGUGUUCCGUUCUCCGGACCCCUUUGCUGUUUUGACCAUUGAUGGUUACCAAACCAAAUCUACUUCUGCAGCAAAAAAAACGCUAAAUCCUUAUUGGAACGAAACCUUUAAAUUCGAUGACAUUAAUGAAAAUUCAAUCUUGACCGUUCAAGUGUUUGACCAGAAGAAAUUCAAAAAGAAGGAUCAAGGGUUCCUUGGUGUCGUUAACGUUCGCGUGGGCGACGUCUUAGGCCAUCUGGAUGAAGAUACUGCUACAUCAAGUGGCAGGCCUCGUGAGGAAACCAUUACUCGUGACUUGAAAAAAUCUAAUGACGGAAUGGCAGUUAGUGGUAGAUUGAUUGUCGUUUUAUCCAAACAACCUUCUUCAAACUCACAUUCACAAACUGCCUCUGGUCAUGCUGCAUCAUCGAGUACAGGCACAAGUUCCACUCCUCGAGCUAAUGGCCAUACUUCGUCUGCUACCCGUAAUCAUUCAUCUUCUCAUGCCUCGAGGGGUACCGCUCAAGCAGUGGAAUCAACUUUACAGAGUGGGACAACCGCUGCCACUAAUACGGCUGCUACAAACAACCGUCCUGCCAGUUCCGCUUCUAGCGGCACAAGACAGUACUCCUCAUUCGAAGAUCAAUAUGGUCGCUUACCACCUGGUUGGGAAAGAAGGACUGAUAAUUUUGGUCGUACAUAUUACGUUGAUCACAACACAAGAACAACUACUUGGAAGCGUCCAACACUCGAUCAAACAGAAGCUGAACGUGGUAACCAAUUAAAUGCAAAUACCGAAUUAGAGAGAAGGCAGCAUAGAGGAAGAACUUUACCUGGUGGAUCCUCCGACAAUUCCUCUGUAACGGUUCAAGUUGGAGGUAGCUCUAAUAUACCCCCUGUUAACGGUGCAGCAGCAGCAGCAUUUGCCGCUACAGGCGGCACCACAUCAGGUUUAGGUGAACUACCCUCAGGUUGGGAACAACGGUUUACUCCAGAAGGUAGAGCUUAUUUUGUCGACCAUAACACAAGGACAACUACUUGGGUAGAUCCAAGAAGACAGCAAUAUAUACGUACUUAUGGUCCAACGAAUACUACCAUUCAACAACAACCCGUAUCCCAACUGGGUCCUUUACCAUCUGGCUGGGAAAUGAGAUUGACGAAUACUGCCCGUGUAUAUUUCGUUGAUCAUAACACAAAAACAACGACUUGGGAUGACCCAAGAUUACCAUCAUCAUUAGACCAAAAUGUUCCUCAGUAUAAGCGUGAUUUCAGACGUAAGGUUAUAUACUUCAGAUCUCAACCUGCUCUUAGAAUAUUGCCUGGACAAUGCCAUAUCAAAGUACGUAGAAAGAACAUUUUCGAAGAUGCCUAUCAAGAAAUCAUGAGGCAAACACCAGAAGAUUUAAAGAAAAGAUUAAUGAUUAAAUUCGAUGGUGAGGAAGGUUUAGAUUACGGUGGUGUUUCCAGAGAAUUUUUCUUCUUACUAUCACACGAAAUGUUUAAUCCAUUUUACUGUUUAUUCGAAUAUUCUGCUUAUGAUAACUACACCAUUCAAAUCAACCCCAAUAGUGGUAUUAACCCGGAACAUUUGAACUACUUCAAGUUCAUUGGUAGAGUUGUUGGUCUGGGUGUUUUCCAUAGAAGAUUUUUGGAUGCAUUCUUUGUUGGUGCAUUAUAUAAAAUGAUGCUACGCAAAAAAGUUGUAUUGCAAGAUAUGGAGGGUGUUGACGCUGAGGUGUAUAAUUCAUUAAACUGGAUGCUUGAAAAUAGUAUAGACGGUGUCUUGGACCUCACAUUUAGUGCCGACGAUGAAAGGUUUGGUGAAGUCGUAACAGUGGACUUGAAACCAGACGGAAGAAAUAUCGAAGUUACUGAUGGCAACAAGAAAGAGUAUGUUGAAUUGUAUACACAAUGGAGAAUCGUUGAUAGAGUACAGGAACAAUUUAAGGCAUUUAUGGAUGGUUUCAACGAACUAAUCCCCGAAGACUUAGUGACCGUGUUUGACGAACGUGAACUAGAAUUGUUGAUUGGUGGUAUCGCAGAAAUUGAUAUCGAAGAUUGGAAAAAGCAUACAGAUUAUCGUGGUUAUCAAGAGUCAGAUGAAGUUAUUCAAUGGUUUUGGAAAUGUGUCAGUGAAUGGGAUAAUGAACAAAGGGCACGUUUAUUGCAAUUCACUACUGGUACUUCUCGUAUACCUGUUAAUGGGUUCAAGGAUCUACAAGGUUCCGAUGGUCCAAGGAGAUUUACCAUUGAAAAGGCAGGUGAAGUACAACAGCUGCCAAAGUCUCAUACAUGUUUCAACAGAGUUGAUUUACCACAAUAUGUCGAUUACGACAGCAUGAAACAGAAAUUAACAUUGGCUGUGGAGGAAACUAUAGGUUUCGGUCAAGAAUGA